AUGGAAGCGUCGCGAGUCGAAUGGCCGACGCUGAGGAUGGCCGAUCCGAACGCCCCUGGGAACGUGACGCGAAACCUCCAACAGCGCAUCCGGGACCACCAUCAGGAUUCCAACGAUAUCUUGCAGUAUGCUCAAGACAACCAAGGUAGUCUACCGGAUGAAGCAGUCAAGGUUAUCGAAAGAUGGCGCGAUUUAACCCAGGAUCUCCUCGAUUGGAUGGGUGCCAAGCAGGAGCUUCGCGACAUCACCGGCGAUAUCAAAUGCGACGACUACGCACUCACUACCGAGACUGAGCCCCCCCGCUUAGAAAAGUAUGUGCAGGCGCGUAAAACGGCGCCUCCCCCGGCCUACUACCAGUCUUCCUAUAGCUCUGGGAGCUCGCCCCCUGCAUCCCCAUCGAACCUUGCCCAAGAUCGCGAGAUUGCCGUCAAAAUGUGGGAUCCCUACGUGGCCAGCCAAUACAGGUGUCUUACACCAGCAGAUAUCACAAGUCAGGCCGAAAAGGCCCGCAAAAGCACUGCACGCCGCGACGGUGGGGCUACCCUGGCCUCUAUACAAUUUGUAGCAGCGAAACACCUACGGUCAGGUGAUCUGAGCCUCACGCUUCGCAGCGCCCAGGAGGCAGAUAUCGCGCGGACGCACCGUCGCUGGGUAAAGAUCUUCGAGAGCGAUUCAGUGAUUGACCUCCCUCUCUGGGGUGUGGUGGUCCACGACAUGCCCUUAAAAUGGGUUGGGGGCCUGUCCACCCCGGCCGCGAGACAGCGAGUGAUCAAUGACCUGCUGGCCGCCAACAUCUUCACCUGGGGAGGAGACGUGGACGUGCUGCAUGUUCGCUGGCUCAGUAGCCCGGCUCCGGGAACGGAGUCGUCCGCGAUGGUGGUGGAAUUCACGCAUCCUGAGGCGGCCAACUGCGCGAUCCGUCACGGAACCAUCUGGGAGUCAAAAUUGUUGAAGACGGUCCUCUACGUCCGGCCCCCCUGCAUCCGUCGCUGCUUCAGUUGUCAACAGUUUGGCCAUCUUAGCAGCAUCUGUCUAAAUGAAUCGAUUUGCUGCUUCUGCGCUGAGCGUCACGAUACCCGUGACUGCCCUCGGCGUACGGAAGCUGGAGACCGUGUUCACAAGUGCGCCAACUGCGGUGGGCCGCACGCGGCUGCGUCGAAAAACUGUAGCUAUUACGCGGAACAGAUAAAGAAGGUUCAGGACGGGACGACGUAUCGCCAGCGCUAUUACCGGAUCCCGAUUUAUAUGCAGGGCCUUGAGAACUCCGAGGAUGGUGCUUCAAGCUCUGUCACGUCGCGCUCUUGCUCCGACAGCGCGGAGCACGACUCAGCAUCUUCGGAAUCAGAGCGGGAUUUAGGAGAGAUCCCGUCGGAGGAACGCCCAUUAAGCAGCUUGGAGGGAGCGUCCAGAGAUGCUCGCAGCGUACGUCGGGCCACAAGUCAAAGUCACAAACAAAGGGGGCUCGAUCAACGGGGCCCUCGGAAACUUCCUGCAGUGAUCAGUCUACAAAUGGCCCGGCAAGCACCACCACUGGCCUGGCUGAGACUGACGCAGGCCUCGUUGGAGCUGUCCCUAUACUAA